UCCCGACACCGCCUCGACCUCCUCCGCGCCGUCGCUCGCCGGCAGGAUGCCCAACAUCAAGAUCUUCAGCGGCAGCUCCCACCAGGACCUCUCGCAGAAGAUCGCCGACCGCCUCGGGCUCGAGCUGGGCAAGGUCGUCACCAAGAAGUUCUCCAACCAGGAGACCUGCGUGGAAAUCGGCGAGAGCGUUCGUGGCGAGGAUGUCUACAUCGUGCAGAGCGGCUGCGGCGAAAUCAACGACAACCUGAUGGAGCUCCUGAUCAUGAUCAAUGCCUGCAAGAUUGCCUCGGCCAGCCGCGUCACGGCCGUCAUCCCCUGCUUCCCUUACGCUCGCCAGGACAAGAAGGACAAGAGCCGGGCCCCGAUCUCUGCCAAGCUGGUGGCGAAUAUGCUCUCGGUUGCUGGUGCAGACCACAUCAUCACCAUGGAUCUUCAUGCCUCUCAGAUCCAGGGCUUCUUUGAUAUCCCAGUGGACAACCUGUAUGCCGAGCCUGCUGUCCUGAAGUGGAUCAAAGAGAACAUCGUGGAGUGGAAGAACUGUACGAUAGUCUCGCCAGAUGCUGGGGGAGCCAAAAGGGUGACCUCCAUCGCCGAUCGGCUGAACGUGGACUUUGCUCUCAUCCACAAGGAGCGGAAGAAGGCGAACGAGGUGGAUCGGAUGGUACUGGUGGGUGACGUGAAGGACAGGGUGGCCAUUCUUGUAGAUGACAUGGCGGACACCUGUGGCACCAUCUGCCAUGCAGCAGACAGGCUGCUUUCAGCUGGAGCCACCAAAGUGUACGCCAUUCUCACUCACGGGAUCUUCUCCGGGCCUGCCAUUUCGCGAAUCAACACCGCCUGCUUUGAGGCCGUCGUCGUCACAAACACAAUCCCCCAGGAGGACAAGAUGAAACACUGCCCUAAAAUCCAGGUGAUCGACAUCUCCAUGAUCCUGGCCGAGGCCAUCAGGAGGACUCACAACGGGGAAUCCGUUUCUUACCUGUUCAGCCACGUCCCUUUAUAACAGUUGAUGCUGCUGCUCAUGUGGCUUUCUGGAAAAAAAACCCAAACAAACCAAAAUUUGUUUUAAGGUUCAGUAGAAGAUGUUGCUUGUUUGACUGCAGCUCUCCUCCAUUCUGCCUCUGCGCUUCCCAGAGCUUGGGAAGGGGAGGGUCACAUUUCAAAGUGCCCAGGCUGCCAUCCACAGGCUUUUCAGUAGUUUAGGCUUCUCGUGAAAUUGAUAUAAACCAUUUCCGAUCAGGGAAUAGAACUGACGCUGCAAAUUGCCACACGUUAGAGGGCGGGGCGGGGGGGGGGGUAAGAAUUUGUUUUUCCUUUUUGCAUGCAAAAGUUCUGGAUUGCAUUGUGUCGGUAGGUUAGUAGUCAGCACUUGGCAGAAAACUCCUGGAUGUGGGAUGAAGCCGUGGGGUGGGGUGUAGGCUGAGCCUGCCCAUCACAAGACACCGCCUUGCCUGGGUCCUGCUUAACCUGACCUCCCUGCCCAUUUCUCGGCCUCCAAGUCCAAUCCCCUUCAGGUGGGCUUAAGGGUGUCCUCUCCACCCUUUCCCUACAAACUUUAAGAUGUUUUCUAUUUAGGGCUUUGAUUAUAGUAGGUUUUUCUUCCCCAGACCAGCUUCUGUUCUUUUACCCAGAGGUGUUUGUGAACCAUCAGAUACCUUGGGAAGGACACACAUCAUGCGCUUAACUUCUUUUCGUAGUGAGACAGCCCCCAUGGAUUUGCUUAUUUAUUGGUGCUUUUAGGGUUAGCCCUCGUUUAUUGCCCACUCGACGCUCCCACAAACAGGGCUGGAGAGAGCUCUGGGCUUCGUUGGCAGAGCAAAAGAGGGUUGGACCCAGAACCACUGCUACAUCCAUCAGUCUUGCAGAGGGGGGUGGGGGAGCUCAGAGGCUGCACCUAUAACAUCCUGGCUUUACAGACAAUCUGCUCUAAUUUAGACAGGAGCUGGUUUAAGGAAGCCACGUGUCCCUAGCCCACAGGUCUUGAGGAAGAUAGAACUAGAGGGCUGUGUAAAAUGUAGCUGUGGGCUGGUCCUUCCUAAAUGCUGUCUCCGUUGCUUUUCGAAUGAACUGCCCCCUUCUUGAAUUGAUCCCCUGACAAAUCAAUUUCGCCUUUGUGAGCGUUUGUGGCUUUUUGUUUUGUGUCUGGCACACUUGUGUGUGUCUGCGUGUGUUUGCUUCUUUGAUUUUGGUCCUUCAUGCUGCCUCACUCCAGCUCCUUCCUCUGCUCCAUCCUGGGCUGAAUCAGACAGAGGAGAAGUUAGGAGCAACAGAAGGGUUCUCCAGCGUUUGUGUUAUUCAAGACCUCAAUGAAGGAGGAAUUAAAGUUUUAUUUAAAAACAAAGAA